GUGUGGGUGACGAUCGCCAACAUCCUGGUGUUCCUAGUGGGUGUGACGGGCAACCUGCUGGUGAUCAUCGUGGUGCUGUGUGUUCGUGAGAUGAAGACCGCCACCAACCUUUGUCUGAUGAAUCUCUCGGUGGCCGACCUUCUAGUGCUGCUCAUCUGUCAGUCGUCUGCCUUGCUGGAGUUCUUUUUCAACGAGAUAUGGCUGCUGGGAGAUGCCAUGU